UGCGUCCUCCCGGCCUCCUCUGCCCUCCCCACCCGAAACUGAGGGGCGCGUGAAGGGUUUUCUGCAGCCCGGACCGCACUGUCCAGCACAGUGAGGCGCUGGUGCUGGGUCUCGUUUCUGGUAGUGUGGCAUGGAGCGGGAGAGCGACACGGUCAGGGAGCUGCGCGGGCAACGGCUUGGAGCUGCGCCUGAGCUGGGAGGCGGGGAGACCCAGGCCGGCCUCACGCGUGCAGGGAGCAGAGGGUGGGGCAGCGCUGCGCUGCAUUGGCCCCACUGAGUUUCACCAGCACACUGAGGGCCACAGCGCGUAGGACAGAAGAGGGGCACGGCCCCAGUCACGCUUCUGAAAGUUUCACAAAAGCUGUUCAGAGGAACGCGCUGGAAGGGCAGUGAUGAUAGCAGGCAUGGAGGGACUUAGUCUUUUUACGAGGUCACAAAGCUGGUAAAAGCACCAAGGACUGACACCCAGAUAUAAAGCAGUCAUCCCAGGACACCUGGCUCUGGUGUUGCACACUGGAACCAGAAGUCCAUGGAACCACACUUUGGUCACCUGUCUCUCAGAACAUGUUUCCUCCCACAGAUUGCCACUAGUACUUAUAAGUCCAUAAGAAGCACUUGAAGACCCUACAAGCCAGGGUUUUGUAGCCUUUGAGGAUGUGGCCAUUUACUUCUCCCAGGAGGAGUGGGAGCUCCUUGAUGAGAUGCAGAGGCUCCUGUACCGCGAUGUGAUGCUGGAGAACUUUGCAGUUAUGGCAUCCCUAGGUUGCUGGUGUGGAGCAGAAGAUGAGGGGGCACCUUCUGCAGAGAGCGUUUCUGUGGAAGAACUGUCACAAGGCAGGACUCCAAAGGCAGAUAUAUCCACUGAUAAGAGUCACUCCUGUGAGAUUUGUACCCCAGUCCUGAGAGACAUUUUACAAAUGAUUGAGCUCCAAGCCUCACCCUGUGGACAGAAGUUGUACUUGGGUGGGGCAUCAAGAGAUUUCUGGAUGAGUUCAAACCUUCACCAGCUCCAGAAGCUUGAUAAUGGAGAGAAGCUCUUUAAAGUGGAUGGGGACCAGGCCUUAUUUAUGAUGAACUGCAGGUUCCAUGUGUCAGGAAAACCCUUCACGUUUGGGGGAGUUGGGAGGGACGUUUCAGCCACCUCAGGACUUCUCCAGCAUCAGGUGACUCCCAGCAUUGAGAGACCACACAGCAGGAUUCGACACUUGAGAGUUCCCACUGGACGAAAGCCUCUCAAAUACACUGAAUCCAGGAAAUCUUUUAGAGAGAAAUCUGUAUUCAUUCAACACCGAAGAGCUGACUCUGGAGAAAGGCCUUACGAGUGCAGUGAAUGUGGGAAAUCCUUUAGUCAAAGUUCUGGCUUUCUUCGACACAGGAAAGCACACAAUAGAACAAGGACUCAUGAAUGUAGUGAAUGUGGGAAAUCAUUUAGUCGCAAAACUCACCUAACUCAACACCAAAGAGUUCACACUGGAGAAAGGCCUUAUGACUGCAGUGAAUGUGGCAAGUCCUUUCGCCAGAUAUCUGUCCUCAUUCAGCAUCUACGAGUUCACACUGGAGAAAGGCCUUAUGAGUGCAGUGAAUGUGGGAAAUCUUUUAGCCACAGCACUAACCUCUAUCGUCACAGGAGUGCCCACACUAGCACAAGGCCUUAUGAAUGCAGUGAAUGUGGAAAAUCCUUUAGCCAUAGCACUAACCUCUUUCGACACUGGAGAGUUCACACUGGAGCAAGGCCUUAUGAGUGUAGUGAAUGUGGGAAAGCAUUUAGUUGCAAUAUCUACCUCAUUGACCACCAAAGAUUUCACACUGGAGAAAGGCCUUAUGUGUGCUGUGAAUGUGGGAAAUCAUUUGGCCAGAAAUCUGUCCUCAUUCAACACCAAAGAGUUCACACCGGAGAAAGGCCUUAUGAGUGCAGUGAAUGUGGGAAAGCUUUUAGCCAAAGCUCUGGUCUCUUUCGACACAGAAGAGCUCACACUAAAACAAAGCCUUAUGAGUGCAGUGAAUGUGAAAAAUCAUUUAGUUGCAAAACUGACCUCAUUCGACACCAGACAGUUCACACUGGAGAAAGGCCUUAUGAGUGCAGCGUAUGUGGGAAAUCUUUUAUCCGAAAAACCCACCUCAUUCGACACCAGACCGUUCACACUAAUGAAAGGCCUUAUGAGUGCAAUGAAUGUGGGAAAUCCUAUAGCCAAAGCUCUGCCCUCCUUCAGCAUAGGAGAGUUCACACUGGAGAAAGGCCUUAUGAGUGCAGCGAAUGUGGGAAAUCUUUUACCCGCAAAAAUCACCUCAUUCAACACAAGACAGUUCAUACUGGAGAAAGGCCUUAUGAAUGCAGUGAAUGUGGGAAAUCCUUUAGCCAAAGCUCUGGCCUCUUAAGACACAGAAGAGUUCAUGUGCAGUGAAUGUGGGAAAUUAUUUUGUCACUUUUUUUUUUUUUGAGAUGGAAUUUUGCUCUUGUCACCCAGGCUGGAGUGCAAUGGUGCAAUCUCAGCUCACUGCAACCUCUGCCUCCUGGGAUCAAGUGAUUCUCCUGCCACAGCUUCCUGAGUACCUGAGAUUACAGGCACCCACCACCAUGCCCAGCUAAUUUUUGUAUUUUUAAUAGAAACAAGGUUUCACCAUGUUGGUCGGGCUGGUGUUGAACUCCUGACCUCAGGUAAUCUACCUGCUUUGGCCUACCAAAGUGCUGGGAUUAUAGGUGUGAGCCACCAUGUCUGGCUUGUUUUGUCACAUUUGACACAAGAUUUCCCAAAGAAGAAAGGCUUUAUAUAUGCUCUGAAUGUGUUUUUGUUUGUUUGUUUGUUUGUUUUAACUUGGUAUGACAGCACUGGAGGCUAGCCUUUGAGAAGAGUCUUUUCUGAUGUGACUCAUGUGUCCAAACAUCCAUGGAUUUCCCAUAAAUGUGAGGUAUGUGGGAAGCAUGUGUAGCUAUGUUGUACUCUAAACCUGCCCAGGGACCUUACCAGAUUCAUGUCACUGCCAGUUUCUGCCCCUGAAGCCUUUUCAUCUCUACCCCCUGGAAGACCCACAGAGUGUGCAUCAGUCACCACCCCAACAUGCUCAGGGAGGCAGACUUCUUCCAUUAGUUGGAGGAAAGCAUGAGUAGUCUAAGCUCUUAGGGGGGUUUCUCAUUUCCUCCUGUGGCUACAUAGUGCAUGUAACUACCCCAGUGUUGGCCCCAGGACCUGAUUUGAGUUCUGCUGGCAGCUUUCAGAGGAUUGCCUUUUUUGAGGACAUUGUUGAUCUCAGGCGAUGCUUCUGAUGAAGCACUUUUUAGCUUCCACCACGUACCAGGAACUGCCUGUUAACUGGCUUGUGCAAUGAAAAAGGCCUUUUGUUUAAGUACCUUUAAUCUUUUAAGUUGUAUUAACUGUGGAGUAGUUUGGAAACAUAAUAGGACUCUGUCAGCUUAAAAGGGUAUAUAACAUUUGUAGGGAUUCAAAUUUUGUUUGCCUCAGAGGGGACAGUAUGCUGACAGAAUAUAGCUUUUGCUGCAUUUUUGGCCUAUUUUGCAUUGUUACCAAGGCCUAGGAGACACUGCAGGGCUUUCUGGCUCUGAUUUUUGCCUGCAUGUGGGCUCAGAGGUCAUUCUGCAGAGGGGGCAGUUGUGAAAACUUCCAUCGUUUCUGGAGACAACACGAAGUUUUUCUUGUUGAGUGAGGAUAUCACAUAAUGCCCUGCAAUGUUUAGAAUCCCUUAGUGAGGUCCUAUGAAGGAGCUGUGUCCCUUGAAACACAGAAUUCAGUGAGCUAGUGUCCCUAGCUAUAAAACCAUAGGGCUGGAGCAAAACAUAAUUGGUAAAGAAACGCUGGGUUGAAUAAUAGGGAAUGGAGGAGACUGCAGCAAAUUAGAUGGACUGUUCCUCAUAUAAAGUUUCAUCCAGCCGGGUGCAGUGGCUCACACCUUUAAUCCUAGCACUUUGGGAGGCCGAGGUGGGUGGAUCACAAGGUCAGGAGUUCAAGACCAGCCUGGCCAAGAUGGUGAAACCCUGGAAGGCUGAGGCAGAGAAUUGCUUGAACUUGGGAGGCAGAGGUUGCAGUGAGCCGAGAUCACACCACUGCACUCCAGCCUGGGCGACAGAGCGAGAGUCCGUCUCAAAAAAAAAAAAAAAUCCAUUCAGGCCAGUCACAGUGGCUCAUGCGUGUAAUCCCUACACUUUCCGAGGCCAUGGCAUGCAGAUCACUUGAGGUCAGGAGUCAGAGACCAGACUGGCCAACAUGAUGAAACCCCAUCUCUACUGAAAAUACAAAAAUUAACCAGGUGCGAUGGUGCACAUCUAUAAUUGCAGCUGCUCCGAAGGCUGACCCACCGAGAACAGCUUGAACCUGGAGGUGGAGGUUGCAGUGAGCUGAGACCACACCACUGCACUGCAGCCGGGGUGAUGGAGUGAGACUCUGUUUCCAAAAAAAAAAAAAGAAAAGGCCGGGCACGGUGGCUCACGCCUGUAAUCCCAGCACUUUAGGAGGCCGAGGCAGGUGGAUAACCUGAGGUCAGGAGUUCAAGACCAGCCUGGUCAACAUGGCGAAACCCUGUCUCUACUAAAAGUACAAAAAUUAGCUGGGUGUGGUGGCGGGCACCAGUAAUCCCAGCUACUCAGGAGACUGAGGCAGGAGAAUCUCUUGAACCUGGGAGGGGAGCCAAGAUCGCGCCAUUGCACUUCAGCCUGGGCAACAACAGUGAAACUCUGUCUCAAAAAAAAAAAAAAAAAAUUAUCCACAAAUCUUCCAGUGACUAUGACUGCAAGAUCACUGUGUGCAGAAAUCUCUAGAAAUGUGUGUCUUGUAGCUCAAGUUAUUAUUAGAGACAACAAGGGUUUUGUGGAUUCCUGUAGCCUCUCUGGCCUGUUUACUUCAAGGCCAUUGCUGCACAGACAAAAAAAAAAAAAAAAGGAUGAAGUCAAGAGAGAUUCAGUUGUCCUUGGUGUGGCUUUAGUGGUCCGGUAGCAAUCCUCUUAACGCUGAUGGAAAUGGCCUUCAUUGCUCACCUGUAUUUCCUGCCACUGAAGCAGGUCUGCCUCUACGUGGCCUGGGGAGCUAGAUGGUAGAGUCAAUAGAGACUUAGUAAACCAGACUUUUUGAAGUGUCAAUGACCGAGAUUGUUAAUUGCAUCCAUUAAAAAAAAAUUUUCAAGUUAUAAUUGAUAUGGAAUAAAUUAUAUAUAUUUAAA